AUGGCACCCAUUGCCAUCUCCACCGCAAACGGCCACACCAACGGCCAGGGCCACGGUAACGGCCACAGCCACGCCCACGCCAACGGUCACACCAACGCCAACAGCCACACCAACGCCAACGGCCACACCAACACCGACGGCCCCACCAAGAGCCAGUCUAAAGGUCACUCAGCAAGUGGCAUCCCGGUGGCCACCUUCAAGCCUCCCGCCACUACUGUUGCCGGAGUCAUCAAUGCUGUCGCUUCAGUGUCACUUGAGAGCAAGCGUCCACCACUGCCUCCCCGCCGCGCUGGCAGCGACUCGUCCGUUAACGGUACAGGCUUUGGUGCCAGGAGCACAGGUUCGGCGCCUUCUGUGUCUGGCGAGUCGUCCGGCAGCGAGCUCCGCUCGACGUUCCGUGACGUUGCCAACAGUGUCUGGGUUAUUACAGGCGCCCAUGAGGGCGUGCCCGCGGGAUUCACCGCCAUUAGCAUCAACUGCGUCUCCAUUGACCCACCCAUGAUCACGUUCAACCUCGGCCGCAACUCGAGCAGUCUGAACACCCUCACUCGUUCUUUGAGAUUUGCCGCUCAUCUCCUGGACCACGAUGCCGGAGACACUGCCAAGCGGUUUGCACAGUCUACAGACCAGCGUUUUGUCGACACAUCCAAGUGGGCGUGGCACGCGGACGGUCUCCCCGAGCUCCACGGGGUCUCCCUCGCCCGUCUGUCGGGAUCCAUUGUCUCCUUCUCUGCUGCGGGCGACAACCUCCUUGCCCUUUGCCGCGUUGAUACCACCGUUCGCCGUGAGGGACGUCCCCUCGUCCACCACCAGGGUGGGUACCACACCCUCGCUCCCCUCGGUGCCGCCGGUACCGCCGGUGCCGUCGCUUCUCCCCGUCCCCGCGAUCGCCGCAUUUACCUGAACGCAUUCGACAUGUGCUGUAUUGGCCACCAGAGCCCGGGACUGUGGACACACCCCUUCGACAAGGCGGACACGUACAAGGACCUCGAGUACUGGACCAACCUUGCUCAGCUGCUCGAGAAGGGCGGUUUUGACUGUCUCUUCCUCGCCGACGUGCUCGGCACCUAUGACGUCUACAAGGGCACGCGCGACACCGCUAUUGCCACUGCCACACAGGUGCCAGUCAAUGACCCUACUAUUCCCAUCUCGGCCAUGGCUGCCGUUACCAAGAAGCUCGGUUUUGGUAUUACCGUCAGCCUGACCUACGAGCUUCCUUAUGCUUUCGCUCGCCGCAUGUCUACUCUCGACCAUUUGACCAAGGGUCGCGUCGCCUGGAACGUCGUUACGGGUUACUUGAAGUCUGCUGCCCUCAACCUCGGCCUCACAGAACAGGUGGAGCACGACGAGCGCUACAACAUCGCCGAGGAGUUCAUCGAGGUCACCUACAAGCUCUGGGAGGGCUCGUGGGAGCAGGACGCCGUUGUGAAGGAUCGCCGCAAGGGCAUCUAUGCCGACCCGGCCAAGGUUCACGACAUCAACCACGAGGGCAAGUACUUCAAGGUCCCCGGCGCGCACCUGUGCGAGCCCAGCCCGCAGCGUACCCCCUUCAUCUUCCAGGCUGGCGCCAGCCCCAAGGGCCAGAGCUUUGGCGGUCGUCAUGCCGAGGCAGUGUUCAUUAGCGGCCCUACCCCAGCAUACCUGAAGAAGACAGUAGCCAGUGUGCGCAAGUCCGCCGUCGACGCCGGCCGCGACCCCUACGCCAUCAAGGUGUUCACCCUCGUCACCAUCAUCACCGGCGCGACCGACGAGGAGGCUCAGGCCAAGUACGACGACCUCAAGCAGUUCGUCUCGAUCGACGGUGCUCUUACCCUCUACGGUGGCUGGGCGGGUGUCGACCUCUCACAGGUUCCCCUGGACCAGCCCCUCCAGUAUGUCGAGAACGACUCGAUCCGCUCUGUCAACAGGAUGUGGAGCAAGCAGUCUGGUAUUGAGGAUGAGUGGACGGCACGCAAGGUCGGAGAGAAGAUUGCUAUUGGUGGCCUGGGACCACUGCUCGUGGGCAGUGGCAAGACUGUCGCGAAGACUCUCGAAGAAUGGGUGGAUAUUACGGACGUCGACGGAUUCAACUUGGCCUACGCCACGUCGCCUGGCACGUUUGAAGACAUUAUCGAGUACGUCGUCCCAGAGUUGAGGAAGUCGGGGCGCCUGCCACCCGUCGACCAGGAGGACGCUCGUCCCCUCACUCUGCGCGAGCGCCUCGGUGGCAACGCGCAUGUGGCACCCACACACCCUGCGUACAAGUACAAGAUUUCCAAGUAG